CCCGGCCUCUCUUCUCCCAGUACCAUGUAAAAUAUUAGACGGAGCUUUGAAAGAGGAAGGCACCGAACUGCGUGGCUGUGUUAAACUGACUUCUUAACGAUGUAAAUCCCUCACAGCUGCAGCCUUCUGUAGCAAAUGUGAAGAUCCGUGCGUGGCAGAGAAAGCAAUAUUCCUUGAAGUGUAUGGGGGCUCUGCAUGGGAUGCCUUGGUUUGCCCAGUGAAGUUCCAAGGUCAUCUUCCGGGAGCAGUUUUCCCUGUAACCUGCAGGAGGAUGGGAACUGGUGAGGAUGCUGUGUGGAAAAAAGCAACAUAAAUGAGCCAACUUGCUUAUUUCUCUCGAAAAUUUUGUUUGCCACAUCAAGCUGUGAAGAAUGAACUAAGUGAUCUCUUUCGACAUCUACCCAUCAGCACGUCAAGACGAAGUAAAUUGCUUCUGUGUUGAAUUGUGUUUAAGAGAGAAAGUUCCACUUUUGACAUUUUGCACCAUUUUGAAGAUGGCCCUUUGUCUGAAGCAAGUUUUCAAUAAAGACAGGACAUUUCGACCUCGAAAAAAGUUUGAGCCUGGAACCCAACGGUUUGAGUUGUAUAAGAAAGCUCAGGCCUCACUGAAAUCAGGUGUUGAUCUCAAGACUGUAGUCCAGCUUCCUGCUGGGGAAAACCUCAAUGACUGGAUUGCAGUGAACACUGUAGACUUCUUCAAUCGAAUCAACCUCAUCUAUGGUACCAUUUGUGAGUACUGCACUGCAAGGAGCUGUCCUAUCAUGUCAGGAGGGCUGAAGUACGAAUACAGAUGGCAGGAUGAACACAAGUACAAGAGGCCUACAAAAGUGACUGCUCCACAGUAUAUGAAUUUGCUCAUGGAUUGGAUUGAAACCCUAAUCAAUGAUGAGGACAAUUUCCCCACCAGAGUUGGUGUCCCCUUCCCUAAGAAUUUCAUGCAGCUUUGUAAGAAGAUUCUCACCAGACUUUUCCGAGUCUUUGUCCAUGUUUACAUCCAUCACUUUGAUCGGAUUACCACGAUGGGAGCUGAAGCCCACGUAAAUACGUGCUACAAACAUUUCUACUACUUUGUGACCCAGUUUGACCUGAUAGAUGAGCGGGAGUUGGAGCCUCUGAAAGUCAUGACAGAGAAAAUUUGCCACUAAUUCCUGCUUGAGAAUGGCCACGCAAUAAAUCUCCUUGUGAAAUGUAACCCAGCACUUGAGCCAAGACAAAGAAGAUCAUCAAAAAAAUGGCUGUCUUUGGUCUGAGCCCUACAGAGUCCAAACAAGCAGAUUCAUUUAAAGUCAUAAAUGAAGAGUCAGAACAAUAGUCAGAACUUUUCAAGGUUUCUCUUGGGAACAGAUUGGCGAUAAUAAAUUGUGUGCCAAUGAAAUGGACUCACUUCAGGAUAACUGCCAUUUGGAACCCUACUCUGGAUUCUCCAAAUUGAUUUAAUUCAGUCAUCUGACAGCAAUUCAGCAUUUUCUGAUAUUUACUGUUAGAUUCAUGAAAAAAAUACAAUCUAAGCAUGUCAUUAAACUGAAAUACUCGCUCCAGCAAAGCCAUCUGUUUAAAUAAGAUGACCUGAGACAAAUAUUUGAAAUUUAUAAGAUCAUAAGAUACUCUGACUUGAACAUUGGCAGUGGAUGUACAUUUAUUAUAUCAUCUCCCUUUCUGGCCAACUAUUACAUGGCUAGGAUAACUCAACACCAGAUUUGGACCAAAACCAAGAGUUGUCAGACAUGUAUCAUGCCUAAAAGGACCAGAACUUGGCAAACAAAAUAGGCUAGAACUGUUGGAAAAAACCCACAAUUCCAUACCAGUUUGUUAGAAAUAUUUUUCAAAAGCAUCUCCAAGUUCAUCCUAGGCCACAGGAGCCCUGGACUUGCUGGCCAUUGUUAUCCUUCAAUCGGUGGCUCCUCUGGUGUUGCCCACCCAUGGAGUCCUGCCCUAGAAACAACAAUGCACAAGCAAAUUAGCUUAUUGAACCUGUACCAGGUUAAAUCCCAAAUCAGGAAUACCAUUUAAUUUUAAUAGAGAGAAAUAUGAGGGGACUAUGUAAGAAUGGGGUAAUUUGUAUUUUAACCAAUUGUAUUUACUUUGAUGUUUUGUUUAUCAUUGUUCUUGGGUAUUUUAAAUGUCCUUAUGUCUUUUUAUUGCUUUGAACAUACUUCAAGAGCAUGCAUUGUCCUUGAAAAGUUUGGCUAUUGCUAAACCGGGAGUGUGUAUUUUUUGAAGUAUUGAAGUGGAUGGAGCUCAGUUUGGUCUGAUUUGUUCCUCAGGGACCUGACACCAUACAGGGCCUUAUGACAGGGCUGGCAUUUAUCACUGAUAGGCGCCAUGAGAGAUAUGACCUAGGGCACUUGAUGUAUGUUCUAGUCCAAUUUCCAUAUGUAUAUCAAAACGUCUGGCUCUACCUCACGACCACCUCUCUUGACAAUUCCAUUAUCUCUGAAUAAUGAAACAGGUUGUACCAACAUUUAGUAGUGGAGGAGUAGAAAUUUGUCCAAAUGAAUAUUGGAAAGACUGUAGCCGCUGUAUUUCUUAUCUGCUAUAAGUCUGUUUCCUACAAUCAUCUGAGAGUAAACCCCAGACCCUUUGCAGCCUUUGUUAUAUUUGAUAGUGAAGUGAACUUCACAUUUUUGCAUUAUUUCUGUUUCUAACGCUACUACAGCAAUCCAGGUCAAUAUCCACAGUACACUUUCCCUGUGACUGUGUGUGAGUUUCCUUCAGGUGUUCCAAUUUCCUCCUACAUUCCAAAGAUGUAUGGGUUAGGAAGGUUAAUUGGACACAUGGGUGUAAUUGGGAGGUGCAGGCUUGAUGCGCCCGGAGAACCCGUUACUAUGUUGUAUCUUUAAAUAAGUCAUUGUGAGUGGCUAAUCAGCAUUGACCACCAUAAAACUUGUUAACAUAAAACAUAGAAGACUGCAGUACAGGCUCUUUGACCUACAAUGUUGUGUUGACCUUUUAACCUACUCUAAGAUCAGUCUAACCCUUCCCUCCUACAGAGCCCUCCAUUUUUCUAUCAUUCAUGUGUGUAUCCAAGAGUUUUUAAAUGUUCCAAAUGUAUUUGCCUCUAGUGAUUGAAUUCAUUUCUAUCUGUUUAAUGUGAUGAUUCAAAAAAAUUGAAUUUGUUUCAUUUCUAAAUUAAUUCAUCUAAUCUCUCAAAUGUUCUUUCAAAGGUAAUGUAAUCACUAAUGGCAUGCUGGCCGUUCUAUAACUGACACAAAGGAGAGGGACAGACAAAGGAGCUCCUACUGUUCAUUUAAGGAGAGAAAAAAGGCUCAUUUCUGACACUUUGUGAAUGGACAAUGUGACUAUUCAAGAGUAAUAAGAAUGGAAUAUUUACUUUUAUCCAGCACGUACUGUCCUUUUACAGAAUUUAUAAUUGAACUAAUUGAGUUGACAACUUAGGUGUAAGGCAGGUUUUGUAGCAGUCAUUUAGUACAAAACUAAACAUACAAUGGUGCUAGAAAGUUUGUGAACCCUUUGCAAUUUUCUCUGUUUCUGCAUGAAUAUGACCUAAAGUGUGAUCAGAUCUUCAUGCAAGUCUAAAACUAGAUAAAGAGAACCCAAUUAAAUAAAUAACACAAACAAGAUUACACUUGUUCAAUUACUUGUUGAGAAAAAUGAUCCACUAUUACAUGUAUUUGUUGGAAAAAAAGUAUGUGAACCUUUGCUUUCAGUAACUGGUGUGACCCCUUUGUGCAGCAAUAACUUAAACCAAAUUUUUCUGGUAAUUGUUGAUCAGUCCUGCACAUCGGCUUGGAGGAAUUUUAGACCAUUCCUCCAUACAAGACUGUUUCAGUUCAUCAAUAUUUCUGGGAUACCUUGCAUGAAAAGCCUUCUUCAGGUCAUGCCACAGCAUCUCAAUGGGGUUAAGGACUAGACUCUGAUUUGUCCAUUCCAAAACAUGAAUUUUCUUAUUUUUUUAAACCAUUCUGUGUUGAUUUACUCUUGUGUUUUGGAUCAUUGUCUUGUGUCAUCCAACUUCUGUUAAGCUUCAAGUGACGGACUGCUAUCCUGACAUUCUCCUGUAAAAUUCAUUGUUCCCUUAAGGAUUGCAAGCUGUCCGCGCCUUGAGGCAGCAAAGCUGUCCCAAACGAAGAUGCUAAUUCCACCAUGUUUCGCAGUUGUUAUGAGAUUUUGGUGUUGGUGUGCAGUGCCUUUUUUCCUCCGAACAUAGCAAUGUGCAUUUCUGACAGAAAGUUCAACCUUUGUCUCAUCUGUCCACAGAAUAUUGUCCCAGAAGUUUUGUGGAACAUCCAGGUGGUCUUUGCAAACUUGAGAACAUCCAGCAUUGUUUUUUUUUCGGGGAGGCUUCCAUGAACACCGUUCUUGUUCAGUGUUUUUCUCAUAAUGGGCACAUGGACAGAGACUUCAGUAAGUUCUAGAGAUCUCUGCAGGUCUUUUGCUGAUACCUUUGGGUUCUUUUUUUUUUAACCUCCUUCAGCAUUGCAUGUUGGUGUGAUCUUUGCACAAUUCCCACUCCUAGGUAGAGUAAUAACAAUACCGAAUUUCCUCCAUUUGGAGACAAGUUCUCUUACUGUGGACUGAUGAACACUCAGAUCUUUAGAAAUGCUUUUGUAGCCUUUUUCAGCUUCAUUCAUCUCUACAGUUCUUCUACGGUCCUCUGAAAGAUGUUUUGAUUGAGACAUAGUGCACAUAAAGAGAUUUUUCUUAAGAAGAGCAGGCUCUGUCAGUAACGUGACUUUGUGUGUCUUUUUUAUAGGGCAGGGCACCUCCAUAACCCACACCUCUAAUCUCAUCUCAUUGAUUGGAACACUUGACUCCAAAUAGCUCUUGUAGAAGGUGCACAUACUUUUUUGAACACAGACUGUGAUUAAAUGGUAUACUCAGUAUUGAGGAGGAGUACAGUUGUUUGUGUGUUAUUUGUAUAAGCAGAUUGUGUUUGUCUAUUAUUUUGUCUUCGAAUUAGAUCAGACCAUAUUUUAUGAGCAAUUAAUGCAGAAAGCCAGGUAACUGCAAAGGGUUCACGAAUUUUUCUUGCAACUGUAUCUAUGCAAUCUGUUAACUUAUAUAAUUAUUUUUUAUAGGUUAUGUUACCUGUUAGGUUACUUUACAUAGAAUUGGUUGAAAUUGUGUUUUUUUAAAGUUAUUUUAAAUGGGUGCAUUUUAAUUGGCUGCAUACUUGUUUAGUUUAACAUGAAGACCUUGUAGAAGGUGGAACAGUUGUGUCAGAAUCAUAGCUGUCAGCCAACAUAAUCCAUCAUUUUAAAGUGCUAUAUAAUGUCCUCUUGGAAUAUUUUACAAGGACAUAAUGAUGCAAUUUGAGAAUUUCAUACCUAUUAGAAUGUCAUUUAAUCGAAAUGUUAAAUGCCAUUCUAAAAAUUCUAGUUGUACCCACUCAAGGGGAAGGAAUGGCUAUACCUACUCAUGGGAAAGGCUUUGGGAGUAAAUUCUGAGGAAAAUUCUGGAGCUGGAGUCUCUAAUGCAGUUCCCCAUUGAGUUCAACACUGACCGGCAAUUCUUGCAAUGCCACUGGUGCCAAGCGUAUUGGUGUCUGCCAUUCCUUUGGAUUCAUCAGCUGCAUGCGGAACAGCUUUCUCUCCACAUUGCAAUGUCCUGGUUUGCAUACUGGUUUGCUCAUCACAUAGGCAGCUGGGCUGCAACAUCAAUAGCUGAGCCCAACCAAUGGAAGGCCUCAAAUAAUCAAAAUGUUAAAACAAUUGGAAUUCAGUUCAAUGCAGUAUAUUGAAUGGAGAAGCAAUAGUGUUUAUAAUCAAGCUUGUUGACAAAGAAUAGUGCACAUUUUCAAUUGAAAAAGUGAACCACAAUAAGAAUACAGUAGUGUAAAUAAGAUCUUUAAUCACAUAAUUCUUUUAAUAUAAAUGGGCAGAAAACAAUAUGUGUUUUUAUACAUAUGCAAGUUCCAACUUGCUUGAUUUUCCUAUAAGUGUACCAUCAACUAGAUCAUUGAGGAAAAUCUCUGUGAAUAUUCUGUUAGUCAAAUGUCAAGAGUAUUUUUAAAUUGAAAUGUAAAGAGACAUUGUUCUGACCAAAAUAACGUGCUCACAAUGUUCAGCAGAACAAAACGAAACAACAAAACAGAACUCAACAAGUGACAAAACAAUAAUAACAGAACAAGCCCCAUUCCUCCUCCCAGCUUGCCGAAUAGUAUUAUACACAGAAAUAGAUAUUGUCCUCUUUUGCAUAGUUAGUGCUAUAGUCAUGCUAGUUCACACAAUGGGUGAGCUCAAGUUGUUCAUCUGAACAAUGAAGUGCAGCCUUUUUUUCAGCCUCUCUUUUCUAAAGAAACAUUCUCUCAAUGCAACUCUGAAAUGUUAGGCUAGUCUAGCUCAAUUACUUAAUUAUGGUUUGAAUCCAGAAGGAGCAGAGCAUGCAUGCGCGUACUAAGGUCUAGAUAACUUUCAGGUAUGGGCUGGUAGGUGGCCUAGAGCAUGUGAGUCAUAAUUUGCUAAUCUCCAAUUAAACAGAGUCACAUCAUCUACCCUUGAUAUACAAUAAAUAGCAUGACCAUAAACAAAACUCCCAUUAGCAAUUUCCUGAUGAGAAGAGUGAGCAGAGAUGGGAGAUUACAAUGACCAGAAGCUAAACCUGCCACAGCAACAGGUUAAAGGCUGGGUACUCUGUAAUAAGUGACUCACUUUCUGACAUCCCAAAGCUUUCCACCAUUUCCUUGGCAAUUCAGGAGUGUGAUGUACUCCCCGCUUGCCUGGAUGAGUGAAACACUAACACCACUCAGAGUCUGACACCACCCAGGGCAAAUCAAACUUUUUGAUUGGCCCCAUCUAGCACCCGAAACCUUAAUUACCCCUGCUGCUGUCACCUCGUGGCUUCAGCACAUGUCACCAACUAAAUACUAUGUAGUUAAAUCCCUCAGCUUCUCCUACAAUAUAUAAUGUUUACCAGCUAGAAGGAUAAAGGUAAUAGGUAUAUUGGCAGACAUUUACCUGCAGUUUUUUUCCAAGUAAUACACCUGAACUGGACUUGUGCUUGUAAUGGAUCUCAAUCCUGGAACUCCCUGCCUAGCUGAAUUGUGGGAGUACCUUUACCUGCCAUCUGACCACCAGGUUAUCAUGUGAUUCAAUAGGCAUUCAUUAGAAUGCCAUUAGAUAACCUCUUGGAAACUGUUUGGUGGGGAUUCCUUCCGAUGAAUGCUUUUCAUUAAAAUAAGCUUGAGUAGAAUCUGCAUCAGCAUGCCCCUGGAAACAAAAUGGGACACCAUGUUUGAUUUCAUAUACUGUUCAAAUGCCAGUUGCUCUGUUAGAUUAUGAAGUUUAACCUUACAAGUUGUUGACAGCUUGAUGAGCUGUGCACUACAUUCUAUCCUAAAUAUAAUGAGCCGGAAGAAGCGUCUCAUUCAUGAUCAUAGAGCCAUUAUUCAAUUUGUGUCUAUCUGAUGACUGAGCCAUGGGGAGUAAGAAAAUGUUAGUCCUACUAUAAAGACAAAUAAUUUAGUUGUAAUGUUGUGUAGCCAUUAAAACAUAUCAUUUUCACACCUUAUACAUUCAUAUGGAUAAAGCAAUAAUUUCUUACUUCUCAACUAUUAAUAGUUAAUUUAAUGUGCUACUCUAAUCAGUUAUUGCUCUUCAUACUAUUCAUAUGAUAAACCAUAUAUCAUUGAUUUUUUAAUACUGUACUUCCAACAUUCGAUAUUCCUUUACAGAUGACAGAUGUGUUCUGAUUAACACAUGUGCAAGCCAUGAUAUUGAAUAUCAGCAGGUUAUUCAACAACUGCUGAAAUGCUUGCACAAUAAGGAACUUGUCAGAAAUCAACACAAAUUCUGAUAUCAAACUGGAAACUUCCCUGGUGUGAAUAAUUCAAGGAUCCACUAGAUGAACUUGCUGAGCCUUUAGGACAAUCUGUUUAACUCGAUAUUACCAAUUGAAGUCAUCAGAUGGGUCAUUUGGAUUAACUGCAAGGUUUUUACUUUGAGUUGAAGACCUGACACAUUCCAUUGUCAAAUUUUGUACAGUGGGGAGGUGAAAUGUUGAAUUUUUAUAAAACGCCAGUAUACUCUUGUAUCAUUUGAAGUCUUGUUUGUCUGACUUGUUUGUACAGAAUCUGCAGAAAAUGUUCUGCUUAUCACAAAGCUGUAUAAGAGAGCUAUCUAUAAUACUGGUUUUGAUAACUGUGGAGCUGAAAUCAGGAGAGUGGACACAGUCAUAAACAUUUGCUGAAUGUCAAUAACUAUGGAAAAUUGCAAGUUAAUCUUCUACAAGAUCUUGUGCUGGUGUGAAAUUGAAUGGAGUUUGUAAUAAAAGAUCACAAGUAACUGAAAUGCACAGACAAAUUGAAUUACCCACUUGAAGAGUAUUGUAGAUGAUUACAAAGUUUCUUUUACAUUUUAUUAUAUAUAUUUUUUUGAAUUUGGGUUUUCUUAUACUAUUUGCUUGGAAAUAAAAUUAUUAGAUAUUUUGCAAAUCA